AUGUUUACUAAUUGCUUCAGUGAAAGAUCAUUAGCAAUUGACCGAAAGUUUGCAUUAAUGGCUAUAAAAAAUACACUGAUGAUCACUAUAAAUUUAUUCGUUCUCUCAGUUUUGGCGUUAAUUAUCGUCAACAAUCAAAAGUCUAUGCCUGGUGGAACCAUCAUGAUCAAUUUAGAAUGUUUUACUAAUGUCGAUGAUAAAGAUAACUCUGGAAAUUACUGUGAUAAUAACAUAGCCGAUCCUUGCGAGUAUGAAUUCCAGAUAACAUUAGGAACCUUUACUAAUAGUACCAAAUAUUGGAAAUUUCGAUCCAAAACACUAGCCUAUUUUUCCCCACUUGAUUUCCAUCCUGAUCAACAAUUAAGUGAUGAUGGGUUAAUCAAGACACCCGUAGCGAUACCAUUUUCCGGCCCUUGGCUUAGAAAACGGAGUUUCGGACAAGAAAAAGGUAGCACGGCCAAUAUCAUAACUCCUAAACUAGUUAAAGUGGGGUACUUAAAGGUCCGAGUUGAGGUAUAUGACCGUGAUGGGACUGGUCCAGACUAUUCUUAUACCGUCAUUGACAAAUUCGAAGAAAUAAUCGUCAUCGAUGAAGGUUCCACGCAAGUUACUGAACUUUUGGGACAACGUCAUAAUCCAGCAAGCCUAGUUGUUACCUUUAAGAUAACCUGUUUGAAUCUUGACUAUGGAGCUGUAUCUUUCGACGGAUAUCCAACAAUUUCCGUACUUUUCGGUGUAAUUGUAUUAGGAAUCUUCAGCCUGGAUGUUUGUAUCUUACGCUAUAGGUUACUUAGUAAAGCAACUUAUGGAGUUAUAUAUCUGAUGCAGCUAGAUUUCAGUUUCGUAAAACGCUAUAAUUCUAUAUUCGAAUAUCAGAACCCUUUCGAUCCGUGUAACCGUCCUUACACCAACCAGAGCAUUGUUACUAGACCUAGCGAAAGUAAUAUAAUUGCUCAUAAUCAUGACAUUACUUCAAUGAACAAUAAGAAGAGUGCAAGCCUUCGAUAUAAAAAUCUAUUUGAUGAGUAUGAUGAUCAAUCAAUCACUUUCAUGAACUCUCCUCCAAGUCUAAGUGGAUAUGAACGCGUUGAUGACCCCUAUAAUAGUAUGUAA